GGCACUUCCCUUUCCCUCGGCAACCCAAAAACCUGUGCGUAAUGGCGCUACAACGUCUUCUCUGCUUAACUUCAACAACUCAGUUAUCCACUCAACACAAUCUAAACUCUUUCUCUUCAUCUUCCCAAUCCAUCAACUCAGUCACCAAAAUCUCUUUUUGUCAACCACCCUCUUCGUUUCACCUUCUGCGUCUAUCCCUCGCCCAAACCCCAAACCUUAUUAGAACCAAACUCGCCUCUACUUCCUCAGAACAAACCCAAGAAACCGAGGAAGACAGUGAAGAAUUUUCUCGGACCAGAUUGCUCGCUCUGAACGUGCCUUGGACGAGUACCCCUGAAGAUAUUCGUUCUUUGUUCGAGAGACAUGGGAAAGUCCUCCAAGUUGAGCUUUCUAUGUAUAACAAAUCCAGAAACAGGGGUUUGGCGUUUGUCGAAAUGGGUUCCCCUGAAGAGGCUCUUGCGGCUCUCAAUAGUCUUGAAUCGUAUGAGUUUGAGGGUCGCAUUAUAAAACUCAAUUAUGCUCAUAUAAAAAAGAAGAAAACUCCACCCCCUGUGCAACGAAAGCCAGUAACAUUUAACUUGUUUGUAGCAAACUUUUCCUAUGAAGUGCGGUCUAACGAUCUCAAGGAGUUUUUUGACUCGGGAAGUGGUAGAGUUGUUUCUGCAGAGGUUAUAUUUCAUGAAAACCCUAGAAGAUCAUCUGGUUAUGGAUUUGUGUCCUUCAAGUCCAAGAAAGAAGCUGAUGCAGCUCUUUCUGAGUUUGAAGGAAAGAUUUUUAUGGGGAGGCCAAUCAGGGUGGCACGUAGUACGCGAUUCGUUCAACAACCAGUAGAGGAGAGUGCAAGGUCUGAAGAUAAAUCUUCUGAGUUGAGUGUGAAUGGGGAAGAAGCUGACAAAGCUGAUUGAUAUCAUUACUUCCUUGCUGCAUAUCAAUAUUAUCGAUGUUGUGGUUUGCACCUUUAUAAACCAGAGGUUCAAGAGAUACAAGAAAUGAAUGUGUAAGCAAGAGCAUUUCUGUGAUUCCAGAAAUGAAAAUGAAUAGCCAUUGUAAAUGAAUGAGCACAUCUCAAUGGAAUCGAGAUAUUUUCUUUGCAUAAUGUAACAUUUGUUGCCAUGCUAGUUUAUCUUAAGAAAGCGAGAAAUAUAUCUAUAUUAGUGAUGUUGUUUGCAGCUUUACUGGUUACUUCGAAAUGACAUGUUGAUGUGGUCUAUCUAAUACUUUUUUAUUUAAUAUAUGGGGGACAUUA